AUGGCGUUCCUUCAUGGAGUUCUUCAGAGUGUAAAAGAUGAUGAUAACGUCACAACAUACAAUAAUUAUAUUACUCCUAAAAUUAAUGAUGUUAUCAACAAAUUAAAUGAUAGUGUAGGUAAAGGCCGUAAGGCCUUCCCGGAGGCCGUGACUGAGGUGGACGGGAAAAUCAAGAAAGUUACGACUCCGAUAAAUGAGAUCAAGGCAUCAAUUGCAAAACACAAGGAAUUGAUUCAACAAGAAAAGGAAUCUGAGAUCUCCGAUCAAAUUGCCAACUGGACUGGCCGUGCAGCCUGGUACAUUGAGAAAGCUCAGGAGGCCGAUGAGGCCUUAGAAAACGUAGAUUCUGCGCUAUCAGGUAAGUUGAAAUGUAAUGUAAAAUUGUUGUUGCAGGCUUUAAAUGGGUUCGUGGAAGACGCAGUGAACAAGGACUUGGACGUCAUUUAUGACACAGCGCAGACAAGAAUGGAUCAGAUGCUAAAGUACCUGAAUGAUAGGUUUGACGCAACAAUUAAAGGUGCUCUUAAUUUUUUGAGCAACGAUAUUGGGAGCUUACAUACCAGGCUCAAAAAGUUGCGUGACGACAAAUUUGAUAAAUUGGUAACAUCCGUCACCGCAGAUCUCUACAAUGCCUUCCAGACGGUGAACAAGGGUAUUGAGGAUCUUGUUCCAAAGUAUAAAGGGGAGGUUGUUGAUAAGUUAAAGACUAUUGUGCAGGGUUCGAAUCUGUUGAAAACGGAAUUAAAUAAGACUCAAGGAGCACUGAAUUCGACCAUCGGGCAAGUUGAGAGAGACUUAGAUAAGCUUAAGGACCUCAGACAGGUUGGGUUGCUAGCAACGGAUACACAAUUGCUCCAGUCUAUCCAAAAAGGAAAUGCGUUCGGCUCUCUUACAAUUUAUUUCCGUGAUCUUGACUCCCAAGUUAUGUCAAAAGUCCAGUCGGCGAUUACGGAGAUUGGGAAGGGACUGGAGAAGCUUGUCGGCUUCUGUGGCAACCAUUCAAUCAGCGAUGCAUUUAACGAAGGUAAGUCUGAAUUGAAAAAAGCCCUCAGUGCGCUUAAGAGUAUUUUGGAUGGUACGGGCUCUAUUUCGGGUCUUGACGUGACAAACAUUAGGCUUGGUGAUCAGUCAAUUGACGGUCUACAGCAUUUGAAUUUCAAGUCUAAAGUGUCGGCUGUGCCACAAGUUGACGAAAUGAUGCAGGAACUUGGGAAAAUGGAAAGCAUAGAUGGUUCUAAAAUUAGAGAACCUCUUAAAGCUCUUCUACCCGCAUUAGCCAAAAUAGCUCAUGCCGUCGCUACGCACUCCGAUGAAGUCGUCCGGACGGUCACGACGGCAUUUCAGAAGAAGGUGGAGGCUGAGAUUCAGAGCGUGGCUACGGCUAUACACGGAAACGUGGAGCAGAUCCAUGCUGUUCUAAAACAGCAAAGCGAGUCUCCUGUAAGUAUCAAUGCGAACGGCCUCGGCAAUGUCGAUGUCUCCGGCCUCGAGUGGCUGGUGACUGAGUUCCAAACCAAGAUUAACCAGAAGAUUAUAGACAUCGAAAGGAGUGUCGGAAAGGAGAAUGACGAGAAAGAAGGUGACAGUAUUUACUCAAAAUUGCAGCAGCUUAAAGCGGACGUCACUGAGCUUGGUACAAAAGUUGAGGAAGUUAAAAAGCACGUCGAAACGGUAAGUGAUGAGCUAUUUGGUUGCGUUAAACAGGCUCAGAGUCUGCUUACUGAAGCUCCCAAGGAAUGCGGAAGAAUUAUGAACUCAUUGCGUGACGACGUCAAUGAGCAGAUUACUAGGGGGUUCGAAAACCUUCAAAAACGAACUAGGGAACUAUACGCAGAACGCAAGACCAAGGAGGUAAAGGAGUUACAGGCAAUUGUCGAUGCGCAGCUUGAGAAUAUCACGAAGACAAUUAAUGACGAUUCAGUGACCGGCGUAAAGGGUUUUAUGCAAAAGGUCUACGGCGGGAAGUACUCACCUUCGCUGACAACUGAGACUACGUUGCUUGAGAAACUUAAAGAAGAAGCAAAUUUGAAAAGCGCAGAUAAAUUGGCAGCGGCAUCCAAAAAUUAUUUAGAUACCAUUGCCGUUUACGUGUGGAGAGAAAUUGAUAGAACGUUCGACUCUCAGGGUUCACCUAAGCACACAUAUCUUGGUAAAAUUCAGAAACUGAAAGGCGCCCUCGACUUUUUACUUAAGUAUAUUUGCAACACUGACAAUAUGUACAACUUUGAUCACGAAUUUCUUAAAUUGCUUGACUCACUCAUUAAUUCACUUAACUCAUUCAAUCCUGCACAAUUCGGCGCCACGUCCUGUCCUACCCUCGACGCCCUGAAGCAGGGGAUGCUGUCCUUUACUGAAGAGUUAGAUAAGGCGUAUGUUAAUGAGUACUCCGGCCGAAAAUGGGAAGAAAACCAUGAAACAAAAUACGCCAGAAUAUGCUUCAGCAUUAUUCCUUGUAUGUUCACCACUUUAGGCAAACUUAACAGACAACUUAAUGAUACGAAAAAUAAGUGGACAACACAUUUGAUGUAUAAUCGUGAUCCUAACAUUAGCCUAUAUAAUCUCUUCUUCCGCAGACAUGGUUACGACGUUGGCCGUAGUCCAGACACUGAGCGUGGAGAAUUGAAUCACAAGGAGGGCUUCAAUGCUGAAAAGAUUGUUGGCCUAUUCAAGUCAGAUAAACAGACUAAGUGUGACAUUCUCUCCUCUCUGUUCCAGCACUUCUCUCACAUAUCCUCAUAUCAAAAGGUUUGCCACCUGAAGCAGAUAAAAGGUGCCAAUCACCCGUGUAGCAUUUUCGAUAUGCUUUGUUGGUUGGGUGGCCUGGAAUACAACUCUGCCUAUGGGUCACUUAUGAAGCAGUGUGAAACGUUGCGUAAUGAUGAAAAAGAUAUAUUGCUCAAAACAAAACUAUCGGAAGUUUUAUCUAUUCAUCUGCCUCGCGUAUCCUUGUAUUCACAGACACUGCUAACCACGAUAGCAGGCACGGGCGAUGCGGCAACGUAUUACGCCUGCCAAUAUCAAGACAACUCUCUCAAAUUGUAUUAUCCUUCUAGAGGAACCGAGUGCCUUGACAUGCUUUUCGACAUCCUUCGCAGAGUAUUCCCAGUACUGCAAUUCCUCUUCAGCCAAUGCAGUCUGACCACUAAGCACAGUGGCUGGGCAGACUGCCUCUACGGCAGGGAUGUGUUGACAGCCAAAUCGCAGUGUAAUAAUGAUUCAAAUAGCAAACCAAAAGACCAACCAAAUAGUCAACCAACCGACCAACCAAAUUGCCAACCAACCUCACCACUUAUGAGCUACCUAAACGAUUGCUUACCUGGUCACCUUCCACAUCAACUUACAUCUGUCGGUUGUAAAUCCGUAUGCAGCACAUGCUCUAAGGGGCAGCCCGGAAUGCCAUGCUUAACACCUCUUGGCUUCAGAGGCUUCUCUGGUUCCAUCAAAACAGGCGCCGACUUGUGUUCUGUGCUCCGCAAUAUAUGUGAUAACAACAGCGUUCUCACCGCACUCUACUAUUCACUAACAUGUUACCUUGCUCGUCCUCCACAGACGUUUCCCGACGUACUAUCUUUCUACUGUCAACUCACGCAUUCGUGGAGGUGGAUGCCUGAUCGGCAAGCUGAGUUUGAUGUCAAAAGCAUACAGAGACACAUUUGCGACAAAAUCAUGGAAAUAGUCUCUUGUAACUAUGAUGAUGCGAAGAAUCUUCUUAGACCCUGCCGAGAAUUUUAUCAUUCCACGGCUCAUGACAAUCAUAACAUGAAUGAUAACCUCGACCUCAAAUAUCUGAUUGGUUGUAAAAAUGACCAAUGUGGGCAUUAUAUCAAAAUGCUUAACCGCCCUGCAUAUUCCAUUUUCUCACCGAAACACGCCGAUAAGUAUCUGUCGUGGUUGUCAUACAUAUGCCCUAGUAUCGUCACAUUCUUUAAAAGCUUGAGAGAGGCCUAUUGUGAUAUUUCGUGUUACGAUACCGGAUGCAGAGGAUGCCUGAAUGAUACCUCCUGUAGGCGGGGCAAACACGGCUGUAAACCAUGUGGAUGCAAGUCAAUGGUGCAAUGUAGAGGAGUGUUGUCCGUAUUCUAUCAAUAUGGUUUAACAUUUAGUGACGCCUCUGACAAAAGCAGGAAACAAUGCUUUUAUUUCUGUGAAACCGUUAAUCACAUAUUGAAAUCCACGUUUCUCAAAAACUUUUUGAGUGCCAUCGACACAUUUAUGUUCACCAUACGCGCGCCAUUCAUCUGGACAUUGCUAGCCCUCUGGUCGCUGUCGCUCCUGUACCUGCUGCACAUCGCCGUCGUCCGCCUGGACGUCCUGAGGAUACGCUCCCACCUGCGCUCGCCCUCAAGCCACCGCAUCGCCGCCCAGUCCCUCCUCGCCGUUGCAAGGGUUGGGAAAAUUGCCAACGUCAAGUACUUCUCACCAUAA